CCCGGCGCGCGAGCUGGCGCUGGCUCCGGGCUCAGCGUCUGGCCGCUGGAGAGAGAGAGAGAGAGAGAGAGAGAGAGAGAGGGAGGAUAGGGAUCGGGAGCGAAUUCUGUGCCCCUGCCCGGCCCGCGACAGCGACGCGGGCGGCACAGCGGGGCUCGCGGGCUACAGAGACGCGACGCGAGCGGGGGGGAGGGAGGGAGAGGGACAGGCCGAGCGCGCACGCCACCGCGCUCCAUUGGGAGCGCCGUUGCCAUCACGCCGAUUAAACUAGUCGAUCGCCCGGCCUCGCCAGCUUGCUUGCUAGCCUGCUUGCUUCUCGCCUGCGAUCCGGCUGCCCCCCGUCUGCUUCCUCCUUCCUCUUCCCCGGCAGCAGCAGCAGCAGGGAAGGCAUCUGGUCAUGGAGGGCGAGGACGACGUGCCGGAGUGGAUGAUGGAGGUCGGCGGCGGCGGCGGGGGGAAGGGCAAAGGCGGCGGCGGCGGGCUGGACAAGAACAAGAAGCGCUUCAGCGAGGAGCAGAUCAAGUCGCUCGAGUCCAUGUUCGCGACGCAGACCAAGCUGGAGCCGCGCCAGAAGCUGCAGCUGGCGCGGGAGCUCGGCCUGCAGCCGCGCCAGGUCGCCAUCUGGUUCCAGAACAAGCGCGCGCGCUGGAAGUCCAAGCAGCUCGAGCGCGAGUACUCGGCGCUCCGCGACGACUACGACGCGCUCCUCUGCAGCUACGAGUCGCUCAAGAAGGAGAAGCACGCGCUCCUCAAGCAGCUGGAGAAGCUCGCCGAGAUGCUGCAGGAGCCGCGGGGGAAGUACGGCGGCAAUGCCGGCGCCGGCGCCGGGGAAGACGUGCGCCCGGGCGUCGGCGGCAUGAAGGAAGAGUUCGCGGACGCCGGGGCGGGGCUCUACUCCUCCGAGGCUGCUGCCGACGGCGGCAAGUUCGCGCACUUCGCGGACGACGACGCCGGCGCCCUCUUCCGGCCGUCGCCGCAGCAGCCGGCCGCCGGGUUCACCGCGUCGGGGCCGCCGGAGCACCAGCCGUUCCAGUUCCAGUCGAGCUGCUGGCCGUCGUCGACGACGGAGCAGACCUGCAGCAGCUCGCAAUGGUGGGAAUUCGAGUCCCUGAGUGAGUAGUGAUGACCAGCUGAUCAUGAUGCGACGAUCGAUCACAAGCGGCGGACCACUCGGACAUCUAUCGGAGCACGUACGUAAGGUCGUCGAAGAACACGAGUCCGUAGAGGUGAUCAGCCCCGGAGCAACGGUGUACAUAGCUUCACCAGUCAGUAGAACAAACUCCAGCUCUGUACGUCCGGGCUGUCUCUUCUUCUUCUCCUAGUCACCAUCAUCAUGCAACACAAAAUUUCCUCUUUCCCCCCUCCUGCUGUCGCUACACCCAGAUCAUGUAAUCCAGGAACAUGUAGAGAAAGAUCGAAACCAACCUAUAGAGAGAAGGUCACAUGCGAGCUAGUUGAUUUGCCAUGUUCUUCGAUGUGGCCGCUUUCUUUC